AUGGGCAACAACCCUUCCAAAGGACCGGCCGGCGACGCGCCGGUCCACGCUUCUAGCUCCUCAAGCGACCGAAAGGUCGCUCGUCGAUCAUCUCUCAAUGCAAUCUCCAGCUCCAAGGCCACCCCGGCCGACCCCUCCGCCACAAAGGAGACCGCCGCCGGACACCCAGCAGCAUAUCAGGGAUCCGUCCAAGAGCGCCUGCAGUCGCGAAAUGUGCCCGAAUCAUCCCCCAAGAAUAUAGAAAAGCCGGCUACCCAUGAACCACGGAAUUUCGAAUCAUCGCAAAGCAAGGGCAUUCCAACCCGCGACCACUCCAACCCUGUCCAGGUCCCGAUCUCGCGCCAGGCCCCGGGGCGCGAUCCUGUGGCACCAUCGGCCCCGCCCCUCAACUCGUACUAUAGCGCAUCGGCACACUUGCAACGUCCACCGCGUUUGCCAUUGCCAAUUGGUGAUGCUAAUACCACGCCCGGAUCGCCGAUCGCUGGCCCCGAGGACUCGCAUAUCCAGUCGCUCCCCGCGGAUCAGGUUUUGGAUCAACAGAUGGAUCAGAAUACCGCUGCUUUGGGUCAUACAAGUAUUGAUGAGGAGGAUUUGCUUGAUGAGCUUCAGCCAUAUACCACCAGUGGAGCGGGCAAGGCCGUUCCCGUGCUUAUUGAGUGGUCAGCGCCCGCUCAGAAGGUCUAUGUUACUGGAACUUUUGUCAACUGGGAGAAGAAGUUCCGUCUGCACAGAAGUGAAAAUGACCCGUCCGUUAUGUCAACUACUUUGAACCUUCGACCUGGCACGCACCACCUAAAAUUCAUUGUCGAUGGAGAAAUGCGCGCCGCAGAUAACCUUCCCACUGCCGUCGACUUCACUAACCACCUGGUCAACUACAUUGAGAUCGGUGUCGAUGAUGCUCAUGAUCACCACUCGACUGUUCAGCCGGGAACCCAUACUCCACAGACCGUGCCAGAUUCAUCCAAACAGGACCAUACAGGCGAUACAGAGGACCAUUCCUCAGAAAAUGAGGAAAUCGAGGAAGAAGUACCACCCGGUGAUUUCGGUGGUGCGAUCCCUCAAUUCCUCGCCGACUUGGAUAAGGAAGAGGAUAGCCCUGCCUAUGUUCAGGCUGCCAAUGUUAUUGGAGACACUGCUACCCCACCCAGUCUGCCUCUCUUCUUGGGCAAAUCGAUUCUCAACGGUACAACGCCCAUGAAAGAUGAUAGCAGUGUUCUGAACUACCCGAACCAUACUGUCCUCAACCACCUUGCCACCAGCAGCAUCAAAAAUGGUGUUCUGGCUACAAGUGUGACAACGAGAUACAAGAGAAAGUAUGUCACGACCAUUUUGUACAAACCAACUGGAGAUAUUACCGGCGAAUGA